CAAACAAAAUUCGAUACUAUUCACACAUAUAAAAGUCAUUAAAAUAUGUGUAGCAUACGGCACGUGUGUGUAUAUAUAUAUAUGCUUUACUGGAAGCCUUCCAUUAAAUCAAAAUAACUAGCCUCUCUCUCUCUCUCUCUCUAGCAGGCAGGCAGAGGCAGAGGCAGGCUGUGAAAAUAGAGGGAUGGGUGUGAGGAUAGUGAUGAUACUAUUAAUAUUGGGUGUGAGCAAUAGCAAUGGGUAUCUUGAACGCUUCCAACACCCUACCAAAGCUGAUGGGUCCCUCAGCCUCUUGGUCGUCGGAGAUUGGGGAAGAAAGGGCGACUACAACCAAUCCACCCUUGCCAAUCAGAUGGGCAUCACAACGGAGAAGAUGGAGAUUGAUUUUAUUAUAUCAACGGGUGACAAUUUUUAUGACGACGGAUUGAUUAACGCAAACGAUCCUGCCUUCCACCAAUCCUUCACCGAUAUCUACACCGCUCCUUCCUUGCAAAAAACAUGGUACAAUGUGUUGGGGAACCAUGAUUAUAGAGGUGACGCCUUGGCACAAUUGAGUCCCAUCCUCAAAGCAAGAGACAGCAGGUGGUUUUGCAAGAAAUCUUUUAUUCUCGAUGCAGAUAUGGUAGAAUUUUUCUUCAUAGACACGACGCCGUUUCAAGACAAAUACUUCACGAAUCCAAAAGAUCAUGUUUAUGAUUGGAGAGGUGUCCUGCCUAGAGACAAAUAUAUUUCAACCCUCUUACAGGAUUUGGAGAAUGAAUUGAUAGAAUCGAAAGCGAAGUGGAAAAUAGUGAUAGGUCACCACACGAUUAAGAGCGCUAGUGAUCAUGGUAACACACAGGAGCUUGUGGAUAAGGUUCUUCCAAUACUCGAGGCAAAUGGCGUUGAUCUCUACAUAAAUGGGCAUGAUCACUGUCUGCAACACAUAGCUAGUUCUGACAGUCGUCUUCAAUUUCUGACUAGUGGGGGUGGAUCAAAGGCUUGGAGGGGUGUAUACAACUGGCCCAACCCAAAGGAGAUGAAAUUUUUUUAUGAUGGUCAAGGUUUCAUGACUUUGGACAUUACUCACCAUCAAAUUGAUGUCAAUUUCUAUGAUAUUUCUGGCAACUCAUUGCACAAAUGGAGUGUCGCACCACUACCAUCCGUCAUCUCCACUUUCUAAAUUAUUUAUUGCUUUCAGAAUUAUGUAAAACAAAUUAAUCAUGGAAAUAUAUUAGUAUGCCCUAAGCAGUUAUAUUAUUGACUCUAA